UCUGUCCCGUAAUUUUCUCUCUGCCUCACAACACGUCGUCUCUCUGCUACCCCACAGACGCGUGCGCAGAUCGCCGCCACCGCCCGCCGCUCCUCCUCUGUUGUCUGCUGCCUAUGGGCGUGAGCGCGGAUCGACGCUGCCGUUGUCCCUUGUCCGCUCCUCUUCUGCUACCCCACAGACGCAAACACGGGACUCAGUCGCCGCCAUCCGCUCCUCUACUGCCCCAAUGACGCGAGCACAGACCGCCGUCGCCACUUGCCUCUCCUACGCUGCCCCAUGGAUGCGAGCGACGGAGCGAGAGUCUCCGGCGCCACCGUCGGCUUCACCUCUGCUGGCCCAUGGAAGUGAGCGCGGGGCGCCGUGGCCGCCUGCUGCUCUCCUCUGCUGACCAACGGAUGCGAGCGCGGGCUGCCGCCGUCGCCAUGUUGACGCCCUCGCCACCAAGCCAGCAAACUUUGAUCAGGCAAUCAUUUGGGCUAUUUAUGUAGCAAUUCAUCAGACUCAGCAAUCGAGUAAACGCAGUUAAAGAGUAAGGUUGUAGUGUUGGCAUGAAGAAUCGUAAUACGACUUUAAUGACUAUCGUGCCUUACUGUCAAGAUGAAUAACGGCCAACUCAGAUAUUCUUUGAGUAUGUUUCUCCUAAAGCUAACUUACCAAUGUUUAGUGCAGAUGCUGAUAACUUUUCAGUUUGUUUCAAAGUUGUGUAGUUCAGAUUCCGAAAUUUUGUGUACGAUUUAUAGAAGAUGCUAUGUAAGAUGAUGACAGCAUACUCUGUACACGUGAGUUCAGCAUGGUUCGAUGAUGUAUGAUUUUUUUUAAAGAAAACCAUGACUACAAGGACCUACAACAAACCUAAGUCUGCACAAGGGUAAAUAAAUAUAUCACCAACUCUUACCUACUUGGACCUUAUAGAGCCUGAAGAUUUUCUUGGAGACAGGUCAAAAAGCAGAUCCAAAAGAAUUAAAGAAACAAAGGGAAAGGAGAGGUAUGCACUAAACAGGGAUGAGAUAUUAAAAAGAAGACACGAGGCAAGGGAUAAUAACAAAGCUACAUCUCCUUUCUAAAUUGAAAGCGCACUCCAUCUAAGACACCCGUGGCCAUAUCACCUGAUUUUCACACUGCGGAGAAGCCCACUGGGCAAUCUGCUUUCACUCAACUGCGAUACACACCAGCUGCGGAAGCUAAAGUGGCCAAGGCAUAGGCUUCUGGCGGCCAUCGUGCGAGGCGUGGGGCUGUGGCUACGGCGGCGUCAUCAAGGCGCAAGCAGCGCCAUCGGACGGAGCCGAAUCGAGCAGAGGCGGGAUGACGAAAUACCAGUCAUGGGUGAGGUGGCCAGGUGGGGAGGGCGUCGACCAUCCACUCUGGAGCAUGUGGUACUUGGCCACGGUGAGGCUCGCGACACGCCCAACCCAUCGGAGCAAGGCGUCCUAGCCGGCGAUCCUCGGCGCUCGCUCCGAUUCUGCGUCUUGUCCCGCGGGAGGAGGAGGUAGGCGUAGGGGAGCCCUCCAGCUCUCAUGUCGAGUCCACGACCGAGGAUCUGGUGGAGAGGAAGUCUGCGCCUCCGCCGACGGAGGUGGAGAGGCAAGAGAAGGGCGGCCGUCUCAGCAGCGAUGGGGACUGGGGAGGCAGAGGGGCAGUCCCUGCCGAAGCAGCGCGCAGCAAGGGGGGGUCCCUGUGCCGGCGGCGGGAUGCAGUGGGGAGGGCGGAGGCGCUGCUUGUCCGGGAGCAAGAUGAGAGAGUGUGUCAGUGGUGUGUGUGGCCACGGCGUGUGCGUGCGUGUGUCCGACGGGUGUCAUUUUUUUAUCAAGUCAGUCAAGGAGUGCUUUAGGUUGUGAAUAAUAUAAAGAACCCAUUGGAAGUUAAAUUUUAAUUCAAAUUAUUAAGAUUUUUGGAUAUUCUUUAUUGCAUAAUACAGUAUAUGUCUGAUGAGUAUGAAGCUAUUGAAAACAUGGGAAAUCCAUUUGGGCUCCCAGGAGCACGUGCUCCGCGCAUGAAAAUUUAUUUUUGGAAUGUCAUAAAAUCCCAAAAAUAUAUAUAUAUUCAGUCACAUAUUUUCAUGGUUUGUCGAUUUAAAAAAUUGUUGUGUGUGUGAAUCGUACAUUGCACUCUCAUGCUUAAACCGUUAGGCCCAUGAUACCCUAUUUGGGUGGGGGAACUAAGUAAAAAUCAAUUCGAUAAAAAAUCAACUUCAGGAGUAAAUAGAUUUCUAAAAGCAUGUGUUAUAUUUGAGAGACGUGUGUUGCACGUGCAUGCUUACUAGUUCAGUGAAGGAGAUGUUCCCGUUGAUGACGAGGUAUUUAUGGUGAUUUCGUAAAUUUAAAGAUGAUAUGCCGGCUCAGUCGGUGCUCAUAGGGGCGUCUCUCCGCUCGCCAGUCGCCACCUCUUCCGCUUUGCCUCCGGCCUCGUAGGCAUCCACCCCUCCUCCGGCCGCACGCCCGCGACUCCAGUCUCCACUCGUCACUGCUCCCGCGCCGCCCCCGGGGACUAGGCGACUCUAGUCUCCACUCGUCACUGCUCCCACGCCGCCCCCGGGGACUAGGCGACUCCAGUCUCCACUCGUCACUGCUCCCGCGCCGCCUCCGAUCUCGCCGCCAUCCAUCCAUCCCGGCCGCACGCCUGCGCACCUCACCAGCUUCGCCUCCGUGACGAAGUGUGACUCCUGCCCUCAGUGAUGCCGCAGAAGUUGCGCGUCGCCGCAUCCAGCGAUGGCGUGCUGCCUGAAGACAUGCUGCUUCAAAUCCUUGUGCGCCUCCCGGCAAAGAUGAUAUGCCUCUUCCGAGCGGUCUGCCGAUCCUGGAGGUUCCUCCUCUCAGAUCCGCUCUUUGUUGCAGCGCACAAGUCCCACCACUCUGGGCCACUAAUCGCCACAUGUAGUAGAUUGUAUGGAAGAGGCACCAUUGACAUUCUGGACUUGUCUGGCUCUGUUGUUAAACGGAUAGCCACCAGCAUGGCUGCUCCCAGGUUGGUGCGCACAUGCCGCUUGGAUCUUAUUUGUGUCACUGGAAGUAACCACUUUGCGACCUGCCAUGUGAUCAACCCUGCCACAGGGGAUACGUUUGCAUUGCCCAUUCACCGUGCAAAGGAGCAUGCACAUGUGGAACAUUUCUUCCCCGUAUCAUUUGACUUUGGACAGGUUGGCUCCACGGGAGAGUACAAGGCUAUACGCUGUGUCAGCUUCGAUAAUUCCAAUAGUCAGUCCGACCUGUUGCUCUGUGAGGUCAUCACCCUUGAUGAUGGCCGCCAUGCAAGAUGGAGGGGCAAACAGGGCCCUCCGGCCCCUAUCGCACGUAGGCGUGACAAAAGUGUUGUUGUAAAUGGAGUUGCCCAUUUCUUGUUGGAAUUUCGAUGUCCCACAUUUUCUGGGGACCAUGUCGAACCGGGUAGCAUGGCUUUGUUCAACCUUGAGACAGAGGAGUGGAUGGGGAUUCUCAAAGGUCCAAUGCCAGUGCGCAGCUUUGUUGAGGACAGCAAUGGCAGGUCCAGUUACUUUAGUCUAGACAUGGAGCUAUCACUGGUAUGUUUGGAUGGCUUCUUAGUUAUGGCACACGAUCCUGAAUAUGGCCCUUGGGACUUAUGGUUUUUGAUGGAUAUUGAGAAAUGUCUCUGGAAUAAAAGGUACAGCAUAGAUCCCCAACGUGAAAAUCUCUUUGCUCAACCAGUAGACAUUCUAAAUGAUGGGAGGAUAGUCAUCUCUGCAUCAGGAUUGCUAAGAUUCUAUAACCCAGUUACCAAGACUUACAUUGAUUUUGGGAUGGGGAAUUCCACAUCUGUUGGUACUUACACUGGAAGUCUAUUGUCUUCAGAGAGCACUUUCACUUCUGAGGCUGAACGAUGCACUACCUGCGGCUGCUAUUUCACCCUCGAAGCUGAUAAAUGUUCUGACACCUGUGAAGAUUGUAUGUUGCGUGCAUAUGCAUGGGCAUGUUGAACUUCCCGGGCAUCUUUUCGCCACGGUCCAUAUUGGCUCUAGGUGUGUAUGCAGCGCACACCAUUCUUGCAUUUGGAAGGCUGCGGUGAACUGGGCAUCCAUUAGGUUUUUACCAACUGCCAAUAGACAAUUUCAAGUAUGAUCCAACAAAUUUAGUUUUCAAAUGCUUCCCUAGUUGGAUUUUGGAGAACGCUGUUGCGAGUCUUUUCUUGAUGGAGCUUGUUUUGAAACAUAUAUUUAUGUUUGGUACGGAAGAAAAUAUGCUUGAUCUUGUGAUUUCCUGAUGCAGUAUAUGGAUUUACCAUUGUGGACCUGGAAAA